AUGGCCAAGAUGGCGCACCGCCUAGCAGAGCUGGAACUUCCCCUGGACGUUGACCAAGCUGGGGACCAAGGGAAAGGCGUUUUGAGGCGCUGCAGAGGACGACCCAGGCUCACAGACUCCGACCGAGCUCAGAGGCGCCUUGAAUCCCGAAAGAAGUACGAUGUGAGGAGAGUAUAUCUGGGAGAGUCGCACAAGCUGUGGAGUGAGCUCCGCAGGCGGACCAGUCUGAGUGAUGCUGGACUGGCACAUUAUCUGAUCCUGCUCAACUCCACCUAUGGAGAAAAAUACCAGCAGAAAUAUUGCGGGAAGAAAAUUGCUCCAGAAGUCCCUUUAAAACAGAAAAAAGGCAGGAAGGAGCGUGUCUCCAGCCUCCAGAGCCUGGUGUGUUGGUACCAGGAGCACUCCUGCUCCUGCCCUCAUGAGCCCCAUCUCAGAGCCCUGGAGCCCCAACCCAACUUCUCCACGGCUGCCAUCUGGCAGUGUGACUCUAACCACUCAUUUGUGCAAUACCUUUUCUCACCACCGAGGGAGGCAAGUGACUCUGAGCACGAAGCUGAAGUGAACGGAGAAGGCGAUGCAGAGAAUGCAGCAAAAACAGAUGUGACGGUGGCUAAAGGUGUAGUGAACAGGAGGAGGAGAAAGGAGGCUCACAAACAGUUCAAAGACGUGGAAGAAAUAGUGGAUGUGUCUGAGGUACAGGAUACCACCAUGAGCCCGGUAGAACAGGCUGCAGCUCAGAACCACCAACCCAUUAUAAAGGCCCCUUCCAGGGAUGUUCCACUGACAGGACAGCCUGUCUGGGAGAUGGAGAUGGUUGUGGAGCAACAGCAAGGCUCCCCUGCUGCAGAAUUUCACUCUAUCCCCUCAGAGGAGGAGGCUGAGGAGGCUGAGGAUCUGAGGCGCGGCAGAGAUGGGAGAGACGAAGAGAUCAGGACUGUACCGCACGGUUACGACUGUGUUACCGUGACAGCGUCCUUAGCCGACAAACUGGAGAAGACGGACGAGGACUCUGUGCUGUCACAGAGCUUGGAUUGCUCAGUCCCCCUGAGAGCUCAGCCGGAGCUGUUGGCCCCGCCGCCCAUGCAAGAGCAGAGCGAGCUGUUUGACUCUCAGACUCUGCAGACGGUGGUGACCAGCUGUGAGAUUCCUGACCAGAGGGCCACGUUAGAAGGCUCACAGUUAAUUAUCAUCACUGGCCCCAGCUACGAGGCCCUGGCAUCAGAGGGCAUCCAGCUCAACAUGGGUGGUGGAAACGUGGAGGAAGUCACCUGCACUGUCAUCGGGGGUGUCACCUACAACCAGGUUUGCGCAUCUGAUUCCAAACUCCGAACAGCGGAGGAUGAAGACUCCAUGACAGGUUUGAGUGACAAGCAGCUGCUGCAGCCCAAUGUUGACGCUCUGGAGCUGGGAAGCGACAGAGAGCUGCAGCGGAGUCUGAGCAGCGUCAGGUCAAAGAGAAACCGGCGAGGCCCCGUCAUUGAGGCGGAUGGGAUGCUCAAGAUGUUCCACUGUCCAUAUGAGGGCUGCAGUCAAGUCUAUGUAGCCAUUAGCAGCUUUCAGAAUCACGUCAACCUCGUUCACAGGAAAGGGAGGACCAAGGUUUGCCCUCAUCCAGGCUGUGGGAAAAAGUUCUACCUGUCAAACCACCUGCAUCGCCACAUGAUCAUCCAUUCAGGGGUCAGAGAUUUCAUCUGUGAGACAUGUGGAAAGUCGUUUAAGCGUAAAAAUCACCUGGAGGUUCACCGGCGGACACAUACAGGGGAAACACCACUCCAAUGUGAAAUCUGUGGCUACCAGUGUCGCCAGCGCGCGUCCCUGAACUGGCACAUGAAGAAACACACUCCGGAGACCCACUACAACUUCACCUGUGAGUUCUGUGAGAAGAGGUUCGAGAAGCUGGACAGUGUUAAAUUCCAUAAGCUGAAGAGCCACCCAGACAAGCAGGCCACCUGAGGUGUUCGGACACUGCUGAUUGGAGCUAAACAAGCACAGGCUGGCCCUUGACAUCCGAAGGGAGAUAUCUAGUGAAGAGACAGUCUCUCCUUUCCUGUGUUUGUCCUGCCUCUCAUGUCCAGGAACUUGUGGACACACAAGCAGUGUGGGCCAGUCUAACAGCUGUGUCAGAGCACAGGGCCAAACACGGGCUUCAAACUUAUUUGAAAAAGAUGAAUUCAGUGUUGGUUGAUGAUGUCCAAUUGACCGUUCGCUAAACCCCUCCCCCGAACAGCUCAUAGCUCAACAGCCUAACCAGGCACGGCAGUUCAGUCAGGCUUUGGAUUUCUCUACAUGUUGAUUCGAUGUGCACGGCUGUCGUAAGAGAGAAUUUCCACAUGUCGAGAUUUUGGCUGGUGGUUUCUUUAAAAAAAUUUCCAAAGGCAAACUCAUAAGAACAGAUGUUUAAGGGAUGGAUUAAACCUGUGUGUUUAUCUGCUCUAAUGUAACAAACAAACAUUAGCAUGGCUGCCUAACUAGCUUACUACCUACAAUAGUAACCUGUCGUUACUUCCAAAGGCAGCAACAUUUCAUCCUCUGUUAUUUUUUUCUUGUUACAGGUUAUGUUAAAAAAGCCCUGUUCAUGAUUGCACAUUCAAUGUGUGGUAUUUCCCCACUGUGUGGGAGCCAGUCCAGGAUGCUUCUAAAUCAGAGUGAGGCUAACAUUAGCGGCUCUGUCCUGCUCCAAAUUGGAUCUGGGAAACAUUACAUUCCAGCAGCUCCAGCUAAACUUGCUAUUCGAGAUAGCGUUACGUUCUCCAAACUUAGGUCUCGUCCUAAAAACCUUUUCUGUUAUAUGUUUAAAGCGGAACAUUCAGUUUGAGAAUAUGAAGACAGAUAAAGCAUAGAUCUAACUUAGUGAACGGUCAAUAACAGAUUUGAUAGAAGAUAUUUUCCAUUAAACCAAAACAAAUUGUAUGCCUUGUUUGUUUUGCAGUGGUGUAAAGGGCACAUUAUCUGUAUGGGUUAAAACAUGGAAAACACUGGUAUGGUCCGUUGAAGAAGGUUAGGGAUGAUUUAAAUAUGAUUGCUUGGUUCAUUGUACUUUUCUCAGUGAAGAGUAUAUAUACACCACAAACCAGCGUAGUGGGUAAAUAUUAUAUAGAGAUAUAAGAGCUCACUACACUACUGUUAAAUAUACUUGAAAUUAAGGCUGUGAAAUCGACAUCUUUGAGGUUAGAGCGUUGUGUGUUGAACCACGCUGCCUGUACUGACACAAAUGCAGAGUCCUCCAUUUCAUUUAUUCUGCAAUCGAGCAUCUGUUGUGUGGACCAGCAGUCGUGAGCUUGCAAUUCCUAAAAAGAGUUGACACAAUCCCAGUGUCCUGGCUCACAGGCACCAAUGAGAAGUCCUGUGAGUUUAAUGUGACAAUUUCUCAGGAAAGUUCCCCUCUGUCCUCUGCUGUUCCUUUCUUUUGUUGUGUCUGUUUUAUUUUCUAAGAAAUGCACUUUUAUUCUCCCCUGUCAGUUUUGUUAACUGAUGAAUCACUAAAAUAUGUGAAUUUGA